AUGGCGCCUGCAAAUGGGCACCUGCUGCUCCCCAAGAUAUGGAGAGUAGCCAGGUUUGCCUAUGAGAAGGCUGCAAAGGCCAUAAGAGCCAAGUUACCAGAAAACACCCUGCCAUAUCAAGCUGCGUUGAGAUAUCAGCCUGCCUAUGCCCGUAUCAAUUGCCAGCCUAUUAGUCGGGCUGCUGCCAUCCGCCAGGCUCAGAGUCGCCGCUUCUCGACUCUUGGCUUUCAAGCUAAGGCUGCAGCCUACAGGUCUACUCGUGUCGCCUCUAAUAUCAGUCGCAUGACUAGCCGUGCUCCAUUCGCUUCGACUCUUCGUCCCAACUUGACCGGUGGCACUCUUGGUCGCACUGCUGGAGGCUACGCUCGCGGCGGGGCUCGAUACUUCUCUCAUAGCCCUACAGCCCCAGCGGAGGUGAUUCACAAUGUUUCACAGGGCAUCCGCGCUUUCUUACUAUCUGGUCAGAAAGUUCGAUACGAUGGCAUUGAUCCACGCACCGGCGAGAAUCGAUACUCCGCCGUCAGUGCGCUACAAGACCAGGCCAGCCGAAAGAUGAUUUCCAUCCCUCGCAAUUCUCUUGGAUCGCAUAUCGACUUCCAGUUUUCACCUACCAUCACUGCUUUCAGUGCUAGCCAGACCCUGCACUCCGAGGGUCUCGUGGACAUGCUAUCAGCUGAUUUCGCUCGCGCCCUGAAGGAGUUUGCCGUAGUGAUGAAUGACAUCAAACGUCUUCAAACAUUAGGUGACCUCCCGAUUGAGUUGCUUGACCGCUCCACCAUCCGUAUUCGAUUUCCCGGCUGUGAUGCGGAUACUGUAGAGCGUCUUUGCGACGACCUUGGUAUCCAACGCGGCCGCAUCUCACAGGACGAAGAUUUCGAACGUCGUGUCGGGGCAGAUCUUGCUUUACUGUUCCCAUUCGCUCCUAGCGUUCCCUCUACAUCUUCAUCGGACAAUUCUUUGUUCGAGAAAACCUCGCACCAGCCAACAUUAUCAACCGAUGACAUUGAUUGGCAUAACAUGCUUACCCCUGAAACCAUCAGCUUUAAUGACCGCGAGCUCUUCGGCGAGAAUCCGUGGGCAUCGGUUUCUCAAUCCGCUUACUCUAGCAUCAAUAUUAGUGAGCUCGGAGAUCGCGUAUACUUCCCGGAGACCAGCUCCGGAUUACAGGAGAGCUCGACAGAACAUGAUGGUGAUGAAGGCAUUUACAGACUCAUCGCUGAAUGUGAUCGUGCUUAUGCUCGACAUUGA